UGUAAGGUGCCAAAAAAAAAAAGGAUCUGGAGGAUGGAUGCUCCUUACAAUCCUGAAAACACAUUAUUCUGUCCCAGGAUGUUCAGUUCCGAUAGGCCACUGGGAGAGGGGGACCUGCGGAAAUUACUGAAGCUGUACCGCACGGAGAUUGCAAUGGCAGUGGAUGAUGUUUUCCCAUUACUUCAUGGACUUGCUGAUCAUGAAGUUGUUUCUGAAGAGAUGUUCAAGAAUACUAUCCAUCUGAAAGAGAAGGAAGGCUGUCACAAGGCUUUUCAUGCGAUGCUGACAUGGCUGCUGCGCCAGGAUUCACCUUCCAUCCAGGACUUCUGGAGAGUACUUUUCAAGGAUUACAACCUGGAGAGAUAUUCCAAGCUGCAGUCCAUUCGGAGCAACUUUCCUAAAGAUCUGGAUCUCAGCAGGCAUCGCAAAGCAAGGAAACUUGCUAUCAGCUCUAAGGGAGUGGCUCAACAGAAAUCUCAAGGGAAACGGAAAGCCACAGAUGAAAAAGACUCUUUGCACCUACCUCAACCCUCAGUGAAAGGCGACCCACACCUUGGGAACACCAUGCCAAGGGCAAAGACUGUGAAGAAAUCAGAGAAUGUUGAGGUUCAGCACUACCCACUUCCAAAUGGAGAUGCUAAGAAAUGUAUCAAAGCUGGUGGUGAGUUGUAUGUGACAAGCAAACUGGAGGAGCUUGGAGAGAGAAGCAAAGUUCGUGAACUGAAGCCUAGCGUAAAAGUCAAAGAAUCCCAGGGCCCUGAAUAUAAUGGAGUGCAGAAAACAAGUUUGCAGGAUGGGUGUCACGUCAUCCCUUUUCAUUCUGUGGAUCCAGCCCCUCCUCAGCAGAAGAACGAUGAUGAAUGUGCUGUCUGCAGGGAUGGUGGGGAGCUGAUCUGCUGUGAUGGAUGCCCCAGGGCCUUUCAUCUUGCCUGCCUUGUGCCACCACUGACAGAGAUUCCCAGCUUGUCCAUUUCUUUCUCCCUCUCUCUUUCCUUGCUACACAUGAUCACACCCCUGUCUCUCUGCUAUGCGACAUGGGGCAGUGGGACAUGGAGGUGUGAUUCCUGCUCACCCGGGAAGGUGAAACAAGAUGGGCGUGAUGAAGAAGAGACCAUCAGAGGGCAACGUUUUCAAACUCAGGGUGCUGUAUAUGUCCAGAGGACAACUGAAGAUGGGAGGAGAGUUCUCAUCAAAGAACCUGUGGUGGGAGCCUCCUUCAGACAGCCUCUGACUUCCCUGUCCCCAACGCCUGUGGCAGUACCACCAACAGUACAGAGUGUGGGAACGGACAGACAGCUGAAACUGACUAUUGGUGAAAAAUGUGGCAUAUGCAGAAAGGGGGGAGACUUGAUCUAUUGCAAUAAAUGUUUCAGGGCUUUCCACUGGCUCUGCCAUUUUCCAGUCCAUGCAGAUCAAAUCAGUGGAAUCUUGAUCUGCAAGUCCUGCUCCAAUAGCCCUUCAGCCGUCAACUUGGAAGGAGCAGCAACUUCACACACCCCAACACUAAGAGCAGUAAAGGUGGUGGAAGAAUCUGCUGGAACUGAACCUGUUCUGAAUAAAGAUGAGCUGGACUCUCUCAUAGGGGAGAAUACUUUUGAUGGGAUCCUGCAUUGGGCAUUCCAGAGCAUGUCUCGUCCAUUGGCAGACAACCAAGGAUUUUUCUCAUAAACCCCUGGAUUUAGCAUUAUUCUUCCGCAGCAUUGGAUAUAUUCUUGUCUGUUGCAGUUCACAAGAGCAAAGUUUUCCUUCCACUGCUAUGUUACUGUUCUUCCCAAAUUUAUCUGUCAUGUCCAUAGUUUGAGAAGUGUUAAUGUAUUUUAGGUUUGAAUGUUGUCAUUUUAUUUUAAUAUAUUCUAAUGUGUUUAUUCAUUAGUUACACACCCUUGGGGAUGGGAUUGGUUAUAUAUUUAAAUACAUGACUAUUGUUAUUUGAAUGAGCAAAAUGUAAAAAGUGCCUAAUUGUGGAUAACUUUUUAAAAAACGGAAUCA